GCCGCCGCCGCUGCCACCGCCGCUCUUGCUGCCGUCGCUGCGUUCCAUUCCCCCGAGCCGGCGACCGCCUCGUCCCGCAGCGCCGGCCAGACCAGGGCACGCGGGGGCCUCGCCUUGGACGCCAGCGGGCCGCGGCAGCGCACCGUCCCCUUCCCGGAGCUCGCCGGCCCGAAGCCCCGGUGAAUCUACCCCUGGCUGACUUCAGAAUUCUUACUACUGGGUUUUUAGAUUUUUUUUUUUUCUUUUUAAAAUAACCUGGACGGAUAAAAGAUGUGCCAUGGCAGGAUAGCACCAAAGAGCACCUCAGCAUCUGCAGUGUCUUGUAUGGGAUAUGGAUUGUUCUUCCCACUGGUGAUCCUCAGCACCCUCCUUGGAGUUGGACAUGCGUCAGUGUGUUCCCUGCCCCCGGAGCCGGAGAAUGGCGGGUACAUCUGCCACCCCCGGCCGUGCCGAGACCCCCUGAACUCGGGCAGCGUCAUCGAGUACCUGUGUGCUGAAGGCUACAUGUUGAAGGGCGAUUACAAGUACCUGACCUGUAAGAAUGGUGAAUGGAAACCGGCCAUGGAGAUCAGCUGCCGUCUCAAUGAGGCCAAAGAUGCGCACACGUCUCUCGGGGUCCCCACACUGUCCAUUGUGGCUUCCACCGCAAGCUCCGUGGCGCUCAUCCUCCUGCUCGUGGUGCUCUUCGUGCUGCUGCAGCCCAAGCUGAAGUCCUUUCAUCACAGCAGGCGUGACCAGGGAGUGUCCGGGGACCAGGUCUCAAUCAUGGUGGAUGGAGUCCAGGUCGCACUGCCGUCCUACGAGGAAGCCGUGUACGGCAGCUCGGGCCACUGCGUGCCGCCCGCUGACCCUCGCGUGCAGAUUGUGCUGUCGGAAGGGUCCGGGCCCAGCGGGAGGCAUGUGCCCCGGGAGCAGCCGCUGCAGGAGCCGGGGGCCUGUUCCUCAGUGGGCGGCGAAGAGGAGGCCCCGGGCCAGUCCGGACUCUGUGAAGCCUGGGGCUCGCGGGGCUCAGAGACUGUGAUGGUGCACCAGGCGGCCACCUCUUCUUGGGUGGCCGGCUCAGGGAACAGCCGACCGGCACACAAAGAAGUCCCAGAUUCAGAGAAUAGCGACAUACAAAGCCUUUUAUCCCUCACGUCAGAGGACUACACAGAUGACAUCCCGCUGUUGAAAGAAGCGUGAGGGUGGUGGCGGGCCCCUCCGCUCCGCCCCUCCUCCCUCUCCCUGCGGGGCUGAGCGCCCCGACCUCUGGCCACCUUCUCUGGAUACCUGAGCUGCCGCCUCCGUAUCUGUCUAUCUGUGUAUCGCAGAGGGCCUGCAGGCCCGCCUCGCUGGAAACUCAAGGAAGAUUCUCGCCAUCCGCCCGCCGGACAGCUGGAGGAGGUGGCGCUCUGCCUGGCCCAGCCUUCCCGUCUGUGUUGGGGAUACGCCUGAACGUGCUGGAUUGAAGCCUCCCUGUCCCCGCACCCUCCGGGUCCCCUCCGGCCAGCUCUCGGCAGCGCCCCCCGCCCCCCAGCCCACGCGGGCCUGAGAGCCGCUGUGUUUACUUGUGCCUUUCCCCCCAGCCCCGCCCCACGUCCCCGUCACGCAGGCUUGUGGCUGCCUCUCUGCCCCCUGCCCCCUCUGUCAGUCGGGCCAU